AUGGCCACUUGUAUAUAUUCUUCGAUAAAUUUGAAAACUACGAAACAUUCAAAACAACCCCCAUGGAACAGCAUCUUGCUCAUUGGAAGCCCGAGGAACACUAUAUCUCUUGCGCUUGCCAACUAUAGCAUGGAAGAGGAGAAGCAGCCAGUGGCCUUUAUCCAGUCCAACGACGAACUGAUUAUUUCAUUGACCAAUUCUUGUGAUUCCGCCGUUAUCGUGGAAGAUUUCAAUAUCCCACAGACUGAUUGA